AUGGCGUCGGAACAAGGACCGGUCGCCGCCCCUCAAUCAUCCACCAUCUCUCAAGCCUCGAUCCCAUCCGUCGAGUCUCUACAAGCCGACGCGACUCGCGCCACAGCUUCACUGAAGCGAGCGCGAGAGACCACUCCGACCUCGCCCACCUCUGCUAUCGCAGCGCAGUUCGACCUGUCGCCGUCCAAGGCUGCGAGGCUCAUUGGGGCAGCUUCACGGCACUCUCCCGCUCCCUUGACCGGCGCUGCAGCACUCGAAGACCUGCGCCGCGAAGAACAGCAAUACAGGGAACAAGCAUCUGCUACCACCGAGAACCCGGCGUAUAAGGCGCGAGCAGAACUGAUGUCUGCUGGUGCGCUCGCCAUGAGCCGGCCACAAGACGCUCCAAUGGGUGCCGACCCAGCAAUCCUCGGUCCCCCGAUUGUCUCGAUUCCAACAUCCACCGGAGGUGACGCCGAGGGCAAGGCAAAUGUCAGUCCUCAAAGCGCAACGAGCAUGGCCAGUUUAGGAAGUGGUCCUCCUCCUGUCACCAGUAGUCCCGGACCGAUGGAUAUUGAUCGCGCCGGCUAUGGUCCUCAACCACCGGCGCAAAUGGAGGAAAAGGGGAACGGGACCUCGCUUUCGUUUCCAGGCACCAUCUUGCCUCCGAAUGCAGCCUCCACGAUGCCCGCCCCACCAGCUCGCGGCAUGAGCCUGCCAAUGACGCCGAAUCAAACCACUCCCAGGUCGCCCAAUUCGAAGAAGCACAAGUGCCCUUAUUGCGAGACAGAAUUCACUCGACACCACAAUUUGAAGAGCCACUUGUUGACCCAUAGUCAAGAGAAGCCAUACGUCUGCCAGACAUGCAAUAUGCGCUUCCGACGACUCCACGAUCUCAAGCGACAUAGCAAGCUGCACACUGGCGAGAAGCCCCAUGUUUGUCCGAAGUGCGACCGCAAGUUCGCGCGGGGUGAUGCCUUAGCGCGUCACAGUAAAGGACCUGGUGGAUGUGUAAGCCGCCGAGGUAGUCUCGGUUUUGGUGAAGAAGACGUGGAAGGAGCCAGUCAACUCGAGGGUGACGAUUCGAGUAUGUCCGGUGUCGUCUACGAUGGAAUGAAUGAGGCGGACAUGACUGACGAAGACCGCCGGCGCUUGAGUCUGCCAAGCAUCAAGGCUCAACACGUCCAGGGCAAUCAAGCUGCGCCGGAGGGGUUUGCACAACAUUCACGAUCGUAUCCGCCUCCGGGCGCUACUGGCCGUCUUUAUCCACCAAAUUCUGAACGCGGUUCAGUCAGCUCGAAUGCGCCCAAUGCCAGUUCCUCUAUGUACUCCCAGAGUGCCAUGACGGAAAGUCCAAAGCCACUGAGUCCAUCUGGCCUGCAAGGUCAUGACGGCAGCAUUGCGCGUCAGCGCUCACCAAGCCUCACGACGCAGUUUCAGCAGCAGCAUUUCGGUCGUCACCAGACAGACCGACAAACACCUCCAGGUUUGUCUCCUACCUCAUCCUACCCUGAAGCGCUUCCACCCAUCGUAGCAAGUUCCGGGGGUGGCCACUCGCGUACCUCCAGUGGACUUGGUCAAAAUGGUGGAAGCGGUGACAGCACGAGCAACAACAUAUUUGCGACGGACCAGGGUAUCUGGGCGUACAUUCACAGCCUCGAGGAGAGCAUCAGGGACCUUGGUGGACGUGUUCAAAUCCUUGAGCAAACAGAAAGAAGCCAAGAAGACAAGAUCACAGUCCUGGCCGCCGAAGCUGCGCAUUUACGAGAACAGCUCGAGGCGAAGACAAACCCGGCCGAAGCCACCCCCACCAAGGCAGCUGAUCUCGACCAGUUGCAAUAG